GGCUGCGGCAUCCGACGAAUGAAUUGUGUUUAUACUGUAGUUGAAGAAAUAGCUUUGCUUGGUUUUCAAUAUUCAUUUUUUCAUACAACAAUCAUGAAGGUAGCCAUAGUGGCUUGUGUUUUGACAAUCUGCAGCAUUUUUGCGGGAAGCAAGGCGGACUUGACGGAAGACCAAAGGAAAAUUCUCCAACCUUUAAAAGACGAAUGUUUCCAAGAAACUGGACUUGAUGCAGUUACGUUGGAGAAAUUUAAGAAGGAAGCUUUGCAAAAGUUCAAGACGACUGGAGAAGUUAGUAAUGAUGAAAAAGUAAAUUGUUUUUCGGCUUGCAUGUUCAAGAAAAUUGGAUUCAUGUCCGAGGAAGGUAAAUUUGAAGAAGAUACAGUUCGUGCUUUGAUGUCUGAAAAUUUCCCUCCAGAGACCUUAGAUAAAGCUAUCGAAAACUGCAAAAAUGAAGUCGGAAAGGACCACUGUGAAACUGCGGCGAAACUCAUAGUCUGCUUCAUGAAUAACAAAGCUGGAAUGGAGAACGUAUAAGCGUGUUUAUAAGUGAUUCACCGAACACACGGAUCUAUUGGUACGAAUAAUAAUACUCAAAAACAAAUAGUGAUUAUUACGCGUGUAAUAAUAUAUCUAAACGUUAAUGUGUAUAAUAACGUAAAUAAUCUAAAAAUAAUGAUUUUAUGCGAGGUGCGCAACUUUGAGUGUCUUUUUCUACUCGUAAAUAUUACUGUAUGUUUCCACGUAAUCCAGUCGUUGUCAACAACCAAUGCUUCGUUACAAAAACUUGUCACGUUACGUAAACCGUCUGUAUGUACAUGUACACUAUACUCUUCGAAUAAAAGCAAACAAUCUGUAGCUAACGAACAA